CAGGAGGUCGAGCAAGAAACGCGUCUCCAGCAUUGCAAGAAGCUCUUCGUAUUUUGCGCGAGGCGUGGCCGGAGCCAAGAGCGCUGACAGAUCGCUGGAAAGCGGUAAGCGACGAUUCGUGUGAGUCCUGUGAACAGAUUAGUUCGCGCAAGAUGUGGGGUAAUGAAGUGCCAGCUCGCGCUGCAGCGUCACCCGGGCUGCUGCGGCGGCGGUACUCUGUACCGGAAACUAUCAUGAGAAAGUAUCGGCUAGCUCAGCAAAGAUCAGAGGGAGAAGGUGAUGAAAGUGGAAGGUGGAGCGCGUCUGGAGCAGCGGCAGGGACUCGGAACUCCUGCGCGUGGUGUGGCGCAAAAGCUGGUGGUGCGAGACGCGAACGAGAACAUAUGCGAAAAUCUGCAUUACUUCGAUUAUGGGGCAGAGCUGGAGCGUCUCCAGCUCGUACUUGCCCUUGCGUUCCUUGUGCCCCAUGUGGAACACGCUCACUUGACGCAUCUAAUUCAGAACUACAUACUUCACCUCGAAGAUUGAGACAUGACUCCUCUCGUGACCGCCAUUCCGAUGGUUCAUCAAGUUCACCUGCCAGAGGUGCUUCGUCUUCCACUGAUCCUAUUCCAGACUUAGCAAGGGAGACAUCGCCAAGACGUUCCGCUCAUUUAAAUAAGACACGAAUAAUUUCUACGCCUUUAGACAGUCCGGUUUUACAAGUUGAGACUACUGACCGAUCUACUGAUCGAUCAUUUACAGACUCGUCAGAUGCGUUUACGACGUCAUUGCCGACUAUGAAAGAAAUCGCUUUCAGAAACUCAGAAAAUUACGCCCAUGUUUCAACAAGCGAGUGUAUAGACGGUCGAGUGAGUGAAAGAUCAGUUAGCGCUGAAAACGAAGAAAGUAACGUUGUACCAUAUAAUCAACCACUUACUUUAGAGACAGUACCUUAUGACAUAUUAGAAGUUGUUGUAUCGGAAACGAUAGACGUUCGACCAUCUCCGCCAGUAAAGAACAGUUCACCAGAAAAAUUAAUGUUACAGACUAGUAAGAAUCAAGUGUCCAACUACAAAAAAUCGAAUAUAGAUAUUGAUGAAUACGUUUCUAAUAUACUUGUUGAAAGUUUAAACUCUCUAACAGAUCAACUAGAGUCAAUGAACGCUUCAAUUGGUAGUGACCGUAAGUUGAGUAUCGUUGAAAAAGAAAUAAAAGUGAAAUUGCAGAAUACAGGUGUCAAUACUAUUGUUCAUCUUAGUCCGACAUCUAACAACCAAAUCAUAUUCGGUAACGAGGAACUUUACGAAAGUGACGAUAGACGCGACGAUUGUAACAAUCCGCGAGAUUCUUGCAGCGUGAAUAUUCGUGAAGAAGCACUUAGUGUUGAAACUAACAAUAACUUUACUUCAGCUGAUAGUAUAAGACGCGAAGAGAAUAUACAUAAUCAAAACCAAUCGAAGGCUGAAAAUUUCUUGAAUAUACCUAGCGAAACUGUAAAUAAAGCGGUUUUACAACAGAUACAGAAACUUUUUCAGGAUGAAUUACAGAGUAUAGAGCCCGACAUUCAUUCACCAGAUGGUAAAUUGCCUGGCAUUUCACAUAUAGAAAUCUCAAAUGUUGAUGUUUUUAUCGAUAACAACGAUACAUCUUUCCAAAAUACCAAUACCAUUGAAAUGCAAACAACAAGAAAUUCUGCGAAUGCAGAAGUAAUAGGUGGAGUUGUGUCCGGUAAUUAUUAUCAGGAAGCUGAUAAUAAUCCGAUUGUUCCUAGAUUUUCAGCCUUUCCUCACACUGAGUCGAUGGAAGUCAAUACAUCCUCUUCCGAAGAUGCUGAACUAUUGGGUUCCGAAUGCACAAGCCUAGUUGAUAGUUUGGAUGAUCCUAACUCUCCCCGAUCGAUUCUUCUGCGACGAUCUCAUAAUAAUAAAAGAAGUGAACUUGUACGUUCAGCGAUUGAUGUUUUAGACUUACUACCAGAAAAUGCCAACCAAAGUCCAACACCAUCUCCAAAAGAAAAAGGUGAAUCAUUCUUCAUAAGAAUAAAGGAUGAUGACUGUGAUUGUGAAAAGGAAAAUAUCGUUGUAGCCGAUCACAUGCCUGAAACUAUAAAACAGAGAUUAUACAGACGUCAUAGGAAAAGAGAAAUGCGUAUGGAAUGCGCGCGUCGUAGUAAAGUAAAACAAUUAAAAAGAGACAUUGAAGGUCGCCAAAAAUUUUAUAAAUCGAAGAAAGAAGUGGAGAAAGAGUGUAUGGUUGUAAUAAAUGCAAUUAUAGACGAUGUUAUUGCAAAAAUAGCUCAAGAUGAAUAUAAAUGUAUGCGUAUCAGUCAACGUUCUCAUAAAUUACUUGCUACAAAGUCAGAUGAUAAUAUCAUGAAAAAGCAGUGGAAAAAAGACAGCAAAAAUAAUAACAACAGAAAGCUAGCUAAAAAUGUCGUUUCUCACUCUUGCUCUGAUAAUCUCGACAAGGUUCAUCGGAAAAGUGAGAGACUUGUUCAAGGUAAGGUUUCUCUUCAAACACACCCUCUCGUUUCGCCAGAUGAAACCGGACCGAAACGAAUAUAUCAAAAAUCGGAAAUUCACGAUGGAAAUAAAUGUAUAGAAAUACUUGAAAUUAUCGAAUACGUAAACAGUUCACAAAACUCUGAUACGACUACUUCAGAUGAAAAUCACAACGUACACUCUAAGAAUAGAAAAUCCCGAAUACCUGUUCCAGUUAAUGAAAAAAUUCAAAGAAUAUCCAAAAAUGAUACACAAAAAAAUUUCAAGAGCAACGGCAGUAGUAAAGCUCCACCGAUCCUCUCGCGGGAGAGAAACGGCAAACCGAGCCACCUACUCGCUAAUAUGUUGCUAGACGUGUUCGCUGACGAAAGCCUUACAGAUGUUCACGAUGUCCCCUCGCGUCGCGCUUCCGUACCUUGCGACUCACGUUCCCGUUCAAACUCAUUACGCUUUAAAAAUGUGUUCGAUAUAAUACCAGAAGAAAGGAGCAGCCUUAGUAUAGAAUCGACAAACGAUGACUCCUACAACCGUCGAGCGUCAGCUCCGAGUUUAAGUGAUGGUUUCCAUUCGACGGACCAAGAAGAAAAGCGGAGUCAACCGACAGAAUCUGGUCAAUACAGAAGUUACCCUAGAGAGUUACGGUACACAGACAUGAAAAGUGCAGGAACGUCGCCCAUGCCUGAGGCAUAUCGUGCAACACAAGUGAAUGUAGCAGCAAUGACGUCACCGAUACGCAAAUCGGCUGGUACGAGUCCUAUUCGGAUAGCAAGCGCAGAGGCGCGGGAACGAGUUCACUGUUACCAGUCAAGUAGCAAACAUUCGGUGCAGCCCAAAGUUGCGAAGCGGACGUCGGCGCAGAGGCACGAGGAAGAAGGUAUCGCGCGUACUCUUGCACCGCCGCUGUUAUCCCACCGCACCGCUUCUACCAUCUCAAUUUACGUUAAACCACACAGUUACAAACACAGUUGUUAUGACACUUGUAAUUCAAUUCAAUUAAUAAUAAAUCACAGUAUUUCGAGAGGCACGCGAGCACUUAACAUUUAUGUAGUAAAUAGUGUAAACAUUUGUGGUCAAAUAAAUAAUAUGAAAAUUAGACGUUCGUUUUAUUUAUGCGAAGGUACAACCGCCCGGCGAAAGUCGGUCUCGUCUCAGUGCGAGCCAACCCGUCGCUUGCGAGGCGGUCACAGCGAAAGAGAAAGUAUCCCUUCAAUAUUUCGCCUCAAGCGAGACAAAAAGAAUGAGGGGAGCAUCGGCUCCAACUCUCUUUCUGAAAGACGUUCCUCUGAAGAGGUAUCAUCACUGGGAGAAAAAGAACGUCGAAAGGAACGGUCUAAAGUGAGAAAUUUGUUAGGAGUAACUGGGAGAGAGAGACUGGGCAAACGUCAGGUGAGAAUUGAAAAGGAAAGGAGAGAGAGGGAGGAAAGCAGGAGACAGGGCGGGGAGGAUGGAGAGGAGGGAUGGAGUUCGAGUGAGUCGAGUGGCAGUUUGCUGUGUUCGUUGGCUCCCGCGUGGCUCACUGCACGUCGAAGACGCCGGAAAGCCGCUGCUCCAGCAGGCGAGUGGGCGGUGACGGUCGCAGGUUCGUGCCCGGCCGCGCUGCCCAAUGACGUUGAGAUGCGCCUGCGCUUUCCAGACCCGCGGCGACGUGGGUCCGUCUCAUCUGAACAAAUCUCUCGACCCCCGCCCCUUCCGCCCGCCUGCCCCCGCGCCGUCGAUUGCGGCGCGCAAUGUACGCAAGGCGGGCACUCGCGUCGUACGCACGAUGAAACAGGCAAACUCACGCUAACCGUGAAAAAGGAGGCUUCAGACUCUUCCAUCGUAGCGUCGAAGAGUGUUAAGAAGUCGUCCGAACUUUUGCCUGACCUCCACACGUACCGUGCAUCACGCAGUAAAACUAGAAGCUCUGUCAAGACGCGGCAGGGGUACUCCCUACAUUGCUGGCUACCAGAGGACGAACCUACGCCAAUAAGGCCACGUAACGGAUUGGCGGUAGAGGGUAGCGCUAUUGUGCCGCGAAGGAAACCACGAGCGCCAUCUAUGAGCGAAAGAGACCUCACUCGCGCCCUACCUCCUCGACAACACUUACCUUUGCAUUUACGAAAUAUAUUCUAACAUGUUUUAAAA